AUGAAGCUUUUGGCCUUGGUCAACUGUGCUUUGAGUCUCUCACUUCUCCCAAGCAUGGUAGCUGCACGAACCGGAAAGGCUUUCCCAUUUGAAUAUCCGACUGGCUCCGGCAUGCUCUGCGGUGGGAUGACAUAUAGUCCCUGUCACCCCAUUGUCGCGGUAUCUAUCGAUGAGUUCGGAUAUGGACUAUGUCGUCAGUGGGUCCGGAUAACCGAUUCGCGCAAUGGUGUCUCAGAGUAUGGACAAAUCUAUGAACAAGAGUAUGAUGGAAACGUCGACAAUCUCUGGCUGUCAUACUCGCUGUACUCGAAGUUCGAGUACGGCCUUAUCAGGGGCUCCGCAAACAGGCAGCUCAACAUCACUUGGGAGUAUAUGCCAGAAGGUUGGAACCCUUAA